AGUAUAUUUUUGUGACUAAAAGAAGUUAAUCUGUCCACAAUAGUUCAAUGGGACAUCAGGUUUGUAUAUGGCCUUUGUCCAUCCUGACUACUGGUGCCAUAGAUAGGCAGCAGCACUGCUGGAGGGGAGCUGUUUGAACAUGGCUUUAAAAUGUUAAUGCCAUUUUAUAUCCUAGUAAGUCAUGCCCAUACUGAUUUUUCUCCUUAUUAUUAUGUUGUACUCAUGUCUUGCUCAGUUUCUGAACAGUUAGAAAUACUAAGUGGGGUGUAUUUUAAUGGAAAAUGUUUGGGCUCAGUUUGGUGUGGUGGUAGUUAAAAUAGGAUAGCCCACAUUUAAUAAAGUUUAUUUUUGUUAUGAAAAUUCUCCUCCUUGGAUUACUUCCAGUGAAGUUAAAGCAUCUGUGUAUAAAGAGUUGUUCCAGAAGCAUUUUGCUUGCACAGCUAUUGGUGCAGGCAGGGCUGGGAUGCUGAAGUGGUAGGAAGGUGCAGCUGGGAGCUCUUUGUGCUGUGCUGCCGUUGAGCUCCCACUCACUGGUAGCUGUUUAUAGGACUUGGGCUUAGCUUUUAGUGAGUCAUACUACUUUUUUUUAUGUGUGGCCAGAAUUAAUUCUAUUUAUUUCAGUAUAUGGAAAUCCAGGGGUUUAAUGUGUAGAUUUUCAGUCUCCAUAAACUGAGGGGGUUUCUGUGUGUGUGCUGUUGCAGUGGAGGUGCAGUGAAAAUCCCUUUACUGCAUGCACUGUGUGUCUGCCACAAGAGCAUCAUCAUACAGCAUAAACCCGCCUCUCUCUGCUAUUUUAAAACAGCAUUAUGGUUCACACGUGUGCUGAAAAAUCUGAGAGUACACAAAGACAGGACACCUUCCCCUUGCUGUUAGCUGUGAGCAGGCAGAAGUGAAAGCGUCUCUCAUCCCCUACGUGCACUGGCCAGGCAUUAGCGUAAGCAGGAAAUUGAUUCAGAUAACCCUGGCGUGCUCUCACUGUCACCAAAAAGCACUUUUUCCCCUGACGUUUUCCCUUUGGUUUCAGUACAAAGAGCCCAGGUGCUGGAAGCCAGAAGUGGAAGAAGAGCUUCUGUGACCCGCCCGAGUCACUGACAGGAUUAAUAUAGCCAAGGACUUGCACAUAAUGUAAUAAAACUUGAAAAAGUAGGAGUUUACUGCUAUAAAUGAGGGAUCCACAGAAAAAAGAAAGAUGUCAAGUUAAGAGGCUUCAACUCCUGCAACACCUAAACUGAAGCUGGUGCUGUGUUUCCCUCUGGAAUCUGUCUCACCCCUCUGCAGAUGCCAGCCCUCCCUCGAGCGGCACCCUGCUGCAAGCGGUAGCUGAUGCAGCGUGGCUGCCAGUGAGUAUUUGAAGAGAUUCCCCCUGUGUCUGGUUCCCAGUGCAGCUCCCAUGGCCUGUGACGAACCCACUGCUCUCUCGGGCAUCUUCACACGCCAGAACUCUGCCAGCACCACCUCUCUGGACUUUGAGCCUGACGCCGACUACAAGUUUGUUGAAACCUUAGAGGAUCGGUACAAGUGCGCCUACUGCCACCUCGUCCUUCACAACCCCCACCAGACAGGAUGUGGGCACCGAUUUUGCCAGCAGUGCAUUCUUUCUUUGAGGGAGUUAAAUGCGGUACCCACCUGUCCUGUCGACAAAGAAACAAUAAAAAUGCACGAGGUAUUCAAAGACAACUGCUGUAAGAGAGAAGUUCUCAAUUUGCAUGUGUUCUGCAAAAACUUUCCUGACUGCAAUUCAAAAAUAAUUCUGGGACGAUAUCAGGAGCAUCUUCAGCAGUGUUUGUUUGAAAGCACGCAAUGCACUAAUGAUGGAUGUUGUGAUCAGAUUCUUCGGAAAGAUGUGAAAGAACACUUGAGCCAGCACUGUAAAUUUCGAGAAGAAAUGUGUCAGUACUGUAAUACAUAUGUGGUGUUCAUUAACAUAAAGAAUCAUGAAAAAGAUGACUGUCCUAAUUAUCCUGUGCCUUGUCUCCAAAAUUGUUCACAAAUAAUUCUGAAAAAAGAGAUUGAAAAGCACCAGGCUGUGUGCCCUGAAGCAGAAGUGGACUGCCCAUAUAAGCAGUACGGAUGUCUUGCAAAGGUUAAAAGAGGGAAACUUGCUGAACAUGAAAACACUGCCCUGAGGGAACACAUGCUGCAGAUUUUAGACAAGAACUCCCGGUUGGAAGAACAGAUAUCUGACCUAUAUAAGAGCCUGGAAUGUAAAGAGAUUAAAAUCCAGCAGCUGGCAGAGGCCAUUAAAAAGUGUGAGAAAGAAUUCAAACAGUAUACACAACUGUUUGGUAAAAAUAGCAACUUGAUGGUAAGCACACAGGCUUUGGCCAGCCACCUGGAUAAGUCUGCACGCCUGGAAUCACAAGUGAAACAGCUAAUACAGAUGGCAAACCAGCAGCAGAGUAAAUUAGACUUGCGGCCCCUGUUUGACACAAUCGAAAAUGUAAAACAGAAGAUUGCCCUGAUGGAGACAUACGAUCAACGCUUGGUUGUUUUGGAAGAUCAGUCCAGCAAACAUGAUCUCCAGAUCAAUAUUCACAAAGCACAGCUCAAUAAAAAUGAAGAACGAUUUAAGCUUUUGGAAGGCACGUGCUACAAUGGGAAAUUAAUCUGGAAAAUCACAGACUACAAGAUGAAAAAGAAAGAAGCGGUGGAAGGCCGUGUCCUCUCCAUAGCCAGCCAGCCCUUUUACACCAGCCGCUGUGGGUACAGGUUGUGUGCGAGAGCCUACCUGAACGGGGAUGGCUCAGGGAAGGGAACACACAUCUCUCUCUACUUUGUAGUGAUGAGGGGGGAAUUUGACUCGCUGCUGCUGUGGCCCUUCAAGCAAAAAGUUACACUUAUGCUUUUGGACCAAAGUGGGAAAAAAAAUCACAUUGUGGAAGUCUUUAGAGCCGACCCCAACAGCAGCAGUUUCAAAAGGCCAGAUGGGGAAAUGAAUAUUGCCUCCGGAUGUCCCCGCUUCGUGCCGCACGCGGUCCUGGAGAACACAAAGAACACCUAUAUCAGAGAUGACACUCUGUUUUUGAAAGUCGUCGUGGAUUUAACUGAUCUGGAGGAAUUGUGAAAAUUGUUCCCAAUCAAUGUGACUGCUUUAACCAUUAAGAACUGCUUUCUUGGUGACUACCAGCCAUGCAAUAGUGAAUUGCCACCAGUCAAGCUACUGAGAAUGUUUCACAGCUUUUGGACUCAUAAGAGACAAUGAAUUGCCAAAGUGUCAGCCUUUCCUUUUUUAACCCUUUUUUCAAGACUGCAUUUUUAAGGCAGCUAGAAGUCCAGUUUGGUGCAAACAUGCAUUCAAUCCAGAUUGGCUCAGUCCAGGCUGGGGGGAAUGCUUUUCUCCCAUCACCAAACUGGUGUUUGGAGACGAAACUCCUCCAGUAACCUCCCUGGAGCCCAGGCAGGCCUGUGGGCUCCCAUCCCUCACACAGCAGUGAAGCCAUGCCCAAACAUGCAAAUGCAUUUCACCUGUCUGCAAUAGAAACAUUUCAACAUUAGCAAAUUUGAAUCAAUGUCUUGAUCCCUCCAUCUCCUGGAUUUUUGAAGAGUGGAGAAUGGCUUCAGUUAGGCAGGGAAAACAUUUGCCAAGUAUCUUGCAUUUUUGUAAUUUGUUUUAAUUAUGUUUUUCCAGAAAGCCCAGAGGAAGGCACCAAUGCCUCUUACUUUUUUAGCCUGGUUUUUCAGCUAUGUAGAGUACGCCCAGGUCACAACAGCUUUCUUAUGUCCUUUCCUUUCCUGCCUAGUGCCUUGGGACUGAUUUCCAUUAGUGGUAAACAUCGACAGUCCCCAUCUAAAGCCAAAAGCUGCAGGCACUUCUCACCUCUCAGGACAUGGCCAGAGGCAGGGCACUCGGCCAGCCUGCCAGCUCUUGGCUGUGCUGUUGGAAGAGGGGCAAAACUGCUCUUUUUCUUCCACAUCUGUGCAAAAUUGAUGUUUUCUGGCCUACAAGCUUUAUAAAAGGCAGGAAAAGCUUUGGAUAUCUGCCUGGGAGAAAGCCCACGUAACAUGCACUGUUCCUCUCUCCUAGAAAUUUGGAUGUUAGGGGAAGAAGGGGGAAAAGGGAUUAGGGAGUGAGGUUGCAGUAGGAACCCAAUUCUCACAGAUAGUGCAGCUCUAGCGUUUGUUAAAGGGUGACACAGCCACAGUAACAACUGCUGACUGUGUUGUCUGAAGAUCUUAAUUCUCAUUCCAAGUUCCUUCCAUACUGCAAGGGAAUGUGUGCAUUGUAUGGGGUUCAUUGGAGACCCACUGAAACUAUCAAGAUCAGGCACUGAGGAACAAGUGACACAGAAUACACGUGCCUUUUUAAAGCCUUUUGGGUGCCUGUAACAGGGAUGUAAUUUUGCAUUCUCAGCCAUUUUGUUAUUACAAGUGACAGAGUUUUGCAUCUCUCAUCUCUCACAGAUCAGGUAGUGAAACACCACAGCAUUAUCCAUUGCUCCAAAGCUUAUCAAGAGACAGAAAGACAAUAAGCUGGAUUUAGAGUAAGAGUAAACUAGGCAGGAUAAAAAUCAAAACGGGGCAUGGACUGAAAGGUAUAAGGCAGAAAAUUCAAGAGGGCAAAUGUGGCAAAAUGAAAAAUGCCCUCUCUGUGUGGGAUGUUGAUAUCAACUAAAAUAAUUCAAGGUUUGGUACUAAGAUGAAGGCAAAAUACUGUAUUUUGUAUCUGCAAUCUUAUUGCUAGACAUUUACUUUCCCACGUGGUUUUCAGGACGUAACUCAGACACAUAUAUUUUCAAAUUGGGGGGUGGAAGGGAAGAGACCUUAGUAAUCUAUACCUCAUGGUGGGUUAGCACAUCUGAAAUCUUUGUUUUCAUCUGGAAGUCCUUUUUGUUUUACAAUGUCAGGAUGUACUGAGCCACCAUAGGGGCUUUCCGUGUUCCCAGAAACAGAUGGCAAGGAACAAAUUUUAUUCUUUUGUACCACCAUGAUUGACUUCAAGAGUAAUUUCAGCUGUACAGCAUGUCCCUAGCAUUGUUACAAAAACAGAAAGCUUGGUUUGACAGUGGUGUGGCAUUCUGUGUCAUCAACCCUGAGCCUCAGAUGUGGAUUUCAUGUUGAUUAUUACUUCAGUCUUUGUCAGGUAACUUUCAAAGUGACACAAUUUGCAUAAUAACCACUAAUAACUGAUGGAAAUGUACCAACCAUGUGUCCUGGGACUCCUCAGUACUUUGAGUAUAAAAUACAGAAAAUGAUAAAGAACUUGGACAAGCAAGGGAGGCAAGAUGGAAAGGAUGUGGUCUGUAUCCUGGGAAAUACCGAGCCCUCUCCGCCUCCACUACCCCAAGCGUAAAAUGGGGAUAAUAAUACUUGCAGAAGUGUUAGAGCUAUUUAAAUGUUUGUGAAGAAGUUUGAGCAUGAAGAGAGCUAAGUAUUAUUAAAACUCCAUUUCUAAUUGUUAGAGUAGGUGAUGGCAUAGUGACGUGGAUAAGUGUUUAGUGUUUUCCUGGACAGAUUUUGAAAUCAUGUUUGGUUUUAGCCAGUUUGUACUGCAAUCUCUCCUCUACCUACUGGUUGGGUUUAGGUUUUUGCCACGAAUAUUCCUCUUAAAAUUUUGAAGCACAAAUGAUUCGUCCUGGGUGUUGGAAACAUCCCUUUAGACAUACUGCCUGUUUUUUAAAGAAUUAGUUGAGAAAAUUGGAUUUUUUUAAAGGCAAGACCUUCUUUAAAUUGUUUUUUUCUUUUUAUUACAGUAAUUGAGAGAUUUAUGUUAAAAUUUUCAGUGAUUUUUUUACUAUUUAUAAACAGGAUUUUAAACUUCACCCCAUUCCUAAUAAGGAAAAAAAUAUGUUGUAUAGCAUGAAUUGUCAGGAAGAAUUUUGAUGUUGCAUGAAAAAAAUACCAAAAACCUUUUCAAUAAUAUUGUACUGGAUAAGUAACCAAAAGAGCUUAGGGUAUUUCUACAUCAGCAUACAGUAUGUUUCUAACGUAUUUAUUGACAGUUUGUAGUUGUUUGAAUAUCUCUUACUACAAUGCAGGCAUUUUUCUAGCCAAAUGUCUUCACUGUGUACAUAAACUAAUGUAAGAAUAAAUAAUUUUACCAUCCUUCUGGA